GGACGGAGGGUGGAAGAGAGAGUCCUUGGAAGUGCGGAAGGAGAGCUGUUGUGCAAUUCACAUUUUAACAAGUUCCCAUUAUAGCACUUCCCUCCAGCACUUGCUUAGGAAACUGGGAGGAUUGCCAUUCCCACAGAUCUUAUUAAAGGAUAAGAAUGACAACCAUAGCAUGAGUCAUGAUGAUACAUUACUGAUGGCCCAGGAUGCUUCUUCAAGCGUGAUUACUUUGGAUUCAUUCUGCUCUUGCCAGAUGUUCAGGCUCUGUUGCUCCCAUCCCACCCUGACCAAGAUCACGAGGCACCCACCAGACUUCCACACUCCUCUCCACCCAGCCUGCAGCUGGAGCCACACCCCAUCUCCCAGGACCUAUGCUGGCACUACUACUCUUUCUAGAUAAGAGUAAUUUUUUUAGAAUAUUGGCUUUCUCUCCCUUAAAGGAUUCAGAGUUCAGGUAUUUAAGAGAUUAUGGCAACUGAGGCCCACAAUGUUAAAAAACGAACCUUUUGUAAUAAUAUUGAGGAUCAUUCCACUGAUCUUCCUAGAAAAAGGAUCUCUAAUUUUACUAAUAAGAACAUGAAGGAGGUUAAGAAAUCUCCAAAACAGUUGGCUGCUUACAUAAAUAGAACAGUUGGACAAGCUGUGAAAAGCCCAGAUAAACUACGUAAAGUGAUCUAUCGCAGAAAGAAAGCGCAUCAUCCUUUUCCAAAUCCUUGUUAUAGAAAAAAACAGUCCCCUAGAAGUGGGGGCUGUGACAUGGCAAAUAAAGAAAACGAACUGGCUUGUGCAGGUCACCUGCCUGAAAAAUUACGCCAUGAUAGUCGAACGUAUUUGCUUAACUCCAGUGAUUCUGGUUCUUCACAGACAGAAAGCCCAUCAUCAAAAUAUAGUGGGUUUUUUUCUGAGGUUUCUCAGGACCAUGAAACAAUGGCACAGGUUUUGUUCAGCAGGAAUUUGAGAUUGAAUGUAGCUUUAACGUUCUGGAGAAAGAGAAGUAUAAGUGAACUUGUAGCCUAUUUGGUGAGGAUAGAAGAUCUUGGAGUUGUCGUGGAUUGCCUUCCUGUGCUCACCAAUAGUUUACAGGAGGAAAAACAGUACAUCUCACUUGGCUGCUGUGUAGAUUUGUUGCCUCUAGUCAAGUCCUUACUUAAAAGCAAAUUCGAAGAAUAUAUAAUAGUUGGUUUAAACUGGCUUCAAGCAGUCAUAAAAAGGUGGUGGUCAGAACUAUCAUCCAAAACAGAAAUUAUAAAUGAUGGAAAUAUUCAGAUUUUAAAGCAGCAAUUAAGCGGAUUAUGGGAACAGGAAAAUCAUCUUACUUUGGUUCCAGGAUAUACUGGUAACAUAGCCAAGGAUGUAGAUGCUUAUUUAUUGCAGUUGCAUUGAGAGACUAUCUACUAAAAAGAGCAUUUGAUUAUUCAAAACGUCCCCAGACUAAGAUUUCCAAAAAAAGUCUCCUUUGAGAACUGUGAACUGUGGAAGAAAUCAAAACUUUUUUUUUUCUUAAAAAGCCACACGUGAAACCACUAAUGAAACCCUAACAAUCUGCUUCACAUUGAAGUGGAAAAAUGUACAAAAGGAGCAGCUUCAACUUCAAUGAGGUGAAAGUGCACUAUGAAGAUUGUUCCCCUUUGCUGCAUUUGGGACUUAUAUGGUUAUUUGGUAACAUCGUUUAAGAACUACUGGGUCUUAAUGCAAUACUGCAUAAGAAUAUAAUUUAUACUAUGUCAGAAAGAAGACAGUACUUAUCACUAGGAAUCACAAAGACCAAUCAUCGUUACUUUUUUGAAGAUUGUGUUUUAUAAGAAAACACUUAAGUGUGUGCAGCUAUUUUCUUAUUUUGAAAAGACUUUGCAAGUUUAAAACGUCACAGAAAAUAAUCAGUACUAGAAAUUUGUUGUCCACACUGAGAUACUGUGUAUACAAGAUGCCUUAAUUAUUAAUAAGCCAAUGUGUAUGAUAUGAAUAUCUGUUUAAAAAAUUAACAUCAAACAUGCUCUGGCAUGAUAAAAUCAUGGAAUUAAAUCAGGGGUUUCCAUUCAUGUAGAACCUUGUUGCUAAAACUUACUCCAUACCAUUUUUAAAACUUGAGAAUAUUUUUAGUAUCUCUGAUUUUUCUUUGCCAGAAUCAUUGUGUCAUGUGUGUAUGUGUUAUUCCUAUAUAAAAGAAAAGGUGAAUAUGUAUUUGUAUGAAUGCUUAACUAGAAAUGUCCGUGGAGUUAGCUAAUUUAUAUUCACUUUUUAUUGUAUAUAGAUUUCUAAUAUUUUCAGUUCUGUAUCGUUUAAGCUUUCUUCAUUUGAGUAAAUUCACUAAAUAUUUCUAUUUUUUGCUUUUUUAAAUUCUUUUAUAUGACUUCUAGUUCUUUUUCACUACUCAUGUUUUAAAGAAUUACAUACAGUGCUUUAGAAAUGUUUACAGUUAGUGCUGACCUUGUGUUUUAAAUUCCAACACUUUACUACCUCCUCCAAUGGUUGGUAUGAAAUGCCAGCAGACUGUAUGAGGUCUUUUUUUUCUUUUUUUAAGUAUAUAUCUACCAUUUUUAGUGUCAGUGAACCCACUUCUGGAAUGUCUUAACAGCUGUAUAUCGCAUCUUGAAAGUGAUUGGGGUUUAAAUACCACUAUUGGUGGUUCAUGCAUCAUCUCAUCUUUAUAAGCCUGAGAGGCAUCUGAGCAAAGAUUUUUAGUAAUCGAAUUUCUCUGCAGUAAUCUUUCAAGCACUUGAAUGUAAAUCUUUAGCAUUUAUCCAGUUAGCCACUACUGAUGUGAAUUCCAAACAAAUAACUUUUUUGCUUUAAAAAUGUUAUGUUUUACUGACUUCUCUAUUUUUUGUGUAGCUGUAUUUCAUAUAGCUAUGCAUUCCUCACAGUGAACAUCCAUUUUUGGUUAUUUUCUUAAGUCUUUAGAAUAAUUUAAGAUUACUGCAUUUCUGUGAUUUGAGAGUUGAGUUAUUUAAGCAUAUUGUUUUUCAGGAGGUGGGAAUUUGAAUCGUAAACCUGCGUCAUCUCUGUAAAACCUUAAGAUGAUGAAAUAUAACCUUUCUUUGUUCCUAUUCCUUUAGUUACCACUGUCUUAUCUAACAGUUUGAACCAGUUAACUCAGUUGGAGCGUGGUGCUAAGGAGGCUAAAGACAGGAGUUCAGUCCUUUCAUAGGUUCACUAACUUGGCACACUUACACAGAUUCAUGGCUACAUAUUGCAACUUCCUUAGGUAUAGGUCUUUCAAAUUCAGCUUUUAGUCACAAGGAAGAUGGUGUGUAUAGCUUAGCAUCAACCUUUCACCUCAAAUGGAAAGACAACUCAAAUAAUUGGUAUUUGUGAUAGUAUACACUUCUAAUAUUUAAAAUAAACAAUAUUAAUCAUGUAAUAUUAAUACUGUAAUUAUGUCACUAUAAUUUUCUGUGGGUAAGAUCAUUUUCUAAACACUAUCUUGUAAAAAUCAAAUUUUAACAAAUUAAAACAUGGUAAGAGUAGGUAAUAUCCUGUUAACAGUGAGUUCUUGUGCCUAAGUUUGGGUUUGUUAAAGGAGAAUAGAGAACACUUCAUUUUAUGUACUCGGAGCUAUAUAAGACAACAGAGUCUUUAGCUCACAAAUAUUCAGUAGCACACACCCCUAAUUUCUGUUCUUGGCCUUUACAGUUUUUGUUAGUACCUACCCUUCUCAGUUACUAAGUUAUGAUUAGUAUUAUUUUUACUACAGUUUUUAGAUUUUUGGGUAAAAGAUGUUAAAUAAGUAAAUAUUGUUGAACACUUUGGUUGCUGUUAAGUUUUUCUCAUGCUAUUUAAUCAGAACAGUGUUGAUCUCCAGAAAGAGCCAAAGAAAGUGUUUACAAAGUAUUUUGGCUGUUGUAUUGACCUAGAUUAGGACAAUUGGUGUCUGUCAUUGCUCAUUUGUUAUUGUGCUGCUAAGAAUUAUACAGAACCGAGGGACUACCCAAGGUCUCUAUGCCUUUUUACCUCUUCUACCUUCUUAGGUGUUCUGUACUUGAUGUUGCUAACUUUGCAGGUCUAGGGACAGGAAGUGUAUUUAGGUGAUAGAGGGUUAUAAUCAAAUAAUUUGCUUCCACUAGGGAUAAAGUGAAUGGAUUUUGUAAUGAAUGGUCAUGAUCAGAAUAAGGGUUAAAAGUUAGGAAGCAAGCUUAAUCAGAUUUUUUUUUUUAAUUAAUCUUUUGGCAGUAAUUUCAAAAGUAAUUGACACAGAUUAUUUACUUGAAUCCUGAGAUGUGAGGAUUUGAACAUAAAUACUGUAUCCACUUUGGGGAAUCAAUAUUAGCCCUAAGCCCUCAGGGCUACUGAGGAAUUAAAUCUUAAUGCCUUUAAACAUUCUUGCUACUUGCUAUGUCCUAAUCUUAAAAAUGGUCAUAUGGAAUCAGAGCUACCUUUCUGGCCUUGAAAUAGUAAUUUUCUCAAACUUAGAACAUUUCUUUUUUUGGCAAGUUGUUAAUUUAACUAACAUUAAUGGAAAACUAAUUUGAGUAAUGAUUAUUAGCUAUUAAAUGCUGAUAAUAGGAAUCAUUUAAAUAUUUAGUUUCUUAAAUUAGUUAAAGAGUUUGACAAAGCAAAAUUUGAGUUAAUAUUUUAGCCGUCAUUCCCAGUUAUCUUCCUGUUUAAGAACAAGAUGGUAAUGUCAGUUGCCUUUGUUGAUUUAAAGAAAGAAAAAAAAAAUCACAAACAGCUGACUUGAUUGAUACAUUUGGAUGCAUUACUUAUCUUUCAAUACGUUUACUUUCUUGUUACUUCAAAUGGAAAUAGUAUUGCUGGACAUUUGUUCGCAGGUAUUUACUCUUAUUCUUCUUCCCUUAAUUUCUAAUUCUGACUAUGAAAACUGUCAUAAAAUUUGUGACCAGCUAUUCCCACUCAUUUCUUAUUCUGUAACAAGAAUAUAGAAUAAAAAGUUCAUCCCUGAA